AUGCCAAUGUUGCUUGAGAUGGUGGAGCAACGAAAGAGAGAACAGUUGAAGUGGAGAGAAGGACCAAGAGGAGAACAGCUACAAAUCGAGUCGACGUCGUUCUUUGCCACGUGCCCUCCCUCUGAGAGUACCUUCGCUUCAACUCCCUUCACAGUAGCCACACAAGUGAUACAAGCGAGAGUUGCUUGGGAUGGAGGGACAACGAAAGAAUUGAUGAUUGGAGUGGAGAUGAGGACGACGAGAACGGCGAGAAGAGAUGGGCGGAACAUUCUGGAAUUGAGAGAAUUGAUUGGUUUAUCAGUGGAUUUGAGACUCGGAAAGUUUGGAAAGGUGUUUCAAUUUUCGAGAGGGCUUCAAGAUCAAAUAAUACUGCAACUAUUGCUCGUCUCAACAGUAUCCGGGUUCUAUGAUUUCGAUGCUCGACGAAAGGAACGAUUCGAAUGUUUAGAUGACUCUGAUUGUUAUGAUGGGAAAACAUUUUGCAAGAAUUACAAGUGCGAAUAA